AGCAACUGCAUUUCUGAUUCUGCAGUUCAGCCUCAGCAGCACCAGGUAGCCUUUGCUCAAAGGUAGCAGCAGGUAGAUGUCAGUCAAAGUUGAUGGAUGUGCGGAUUGGCUUGUUUCUGCCCCCGGGGCUGCAGGCUCCUCCUCCCUUCCAGAGUCCUGAGCUUGUUGCAGACAGUGUGCGCUCUCAGGUUACGCGUGUGAAGUUGUGGACUGGAGGAUAUCGAAGACACGCAGCCACUUAGAGUAGGAGGAAAGUACAGGCUCUAUUCUGACGUUUCACUCUUUGAAUCUGGGGAAUACAACCACGCAGCGGCUGCAUGGGAAACAGCAAGAAAACGACUUUGUGGCAUUUAACUGGGAGACCAAGCAUACCCAACAGUAUGCGGUGCAGUUAUGGCAGGCAAUGGUAAGACAGUCGUGAGGACGCUGGAGGAUUUAACGCUUGAUUCUGGUUAUGGUGGAGCCGCGGACUCGGUCAGGUCGUCCAGCGUGUCGCUGUGCUGCUCCGACACGCAUCAGUCCAUCGUGCAUGGGGGUAACGGCUGGCAUCUGACAGAGUCCAUGCACAGCAGACAGAACAGUUUGGAGACAGUCAACACCGUCCUGGCGGAGGACACGGACAUACUGGAGUGCUCGGGUCAGUGCGCCAAGCUGCCCGAGCUGGAGGACGUGCCAUGGAGCCUUGGCGAGGUGGAGGGCGCACUGAGGAAAGACGAGGAGCUGAUGGUGGGCGACCCUCCACCCGAGGUGCUGGCGCGGCUCUCCGCUCUCAUCAGCAGCGCUCUGGUGAGGGUGGCCCGGGAGGCGCAGCGGCUCAGCCUGCGCUACGCCAAGUGCACCAAGCACGAGAUCCAGAGCGCCAUCAAGGUGGUCCUCUCAUGGACCAUCUCAGUGAACUGCAUCACGGCGGCCCUCAGCGCCCUGUCCCUCUACAACAUGAGCACCGGGGACAAGUUCAGCCGCGGGAAGUCGGCGCGCUGCGGGAUGGUGUUCUCGGUGGGCAAGUUCUUCAGGUGGAUGGUGGAUAGCCGGGUGGCGCUCAGAAUCCACGAACACGCUGCCAUAUACCUCACCGCCUGCAUGGAGAGUUUGUUCAGAGAGGUGUUCAGCCGCGUGCUGCGCAGCGCGCUCGUGGAGAGGGACAACGGCGUGCCCAAGUUUACGCUGGAGUCUCUGGAGCAAGCCAUCAACAACGACUCUGAGAUCUGGGGGCUGCUGCAGCCAUAUCAGCACCUCAUCUGUGGGAAGAACUCAAGUGGUAAGCUCAGUGCCAACCAGGUGUUAUUUGUUUAA